UGUGUGUGUGUGAGUGUGUGUGAGUGCCGCGGUUCGUUCCUCCUCCGCUCAGGCUUCUCUCUCUGUGUGUGUGUGUGUGUGUGUGUGUGUGUGUGUGUGUGUGUCGGUUCUGCCUGUUGCUGUGAGCGCGUUUCCACACGUGUUUCUCCGGGUUAUGGGAAUCUAAAGCUGCUGCUCCUGCUGAAGAACAUCUCCCAACAUCUCCAUUCACAAGCAGAAGCCGAUUGGCCGCGAUGGGAAAGCAGAACAGUAAGCUCCGCCCCGAGGUGAUCCAGGACCUGGUGGAGAGCACCGAGUUCUCUGAGCUGGAGAUCCAGGAGUGGUACAAGGGCUUCCUGAGGGACUGUCCCAGCGGCGCCCUCACCAUGGAAGAGUUCAAGAAGAUCUACGGCAACUUCUUCCCCUACGGCGACGCCUCCAAGUUCGCCGAGCACGUCUUCCGGACCUUCGACGCCAACGGCGACGGGACCAUCGACUUCCGGGAGUUCAUCAUCGCCCUGAGCAUCACGUCCCGCGGUCAGCUGGACCAGAAGCUCAAGUGGGCCUUCAGCAUGUACGACCUGGACGGCAACGGCUACAUCAGCAAGGCCGAGAUGCUGGAGAUCGUCCAGGCUAUAUAUAAGAUGGUGUCGUCGGUGAUGAAGAUGCCGGAGGACGAAUCAACACCCGAAAAACGGACGGAUAAAAUCUUCCGUCAGAUGGACACGAAUGGUGAUGGUAAACUGUCUCUGGAGGAGUUCGUGGAGGGAGCGAAGAGCGACCCGUCCAUCGUGCGACUCCUGCAGUGUGACCCCAGCAGCGCGGGCCAGUAACGGGCGACGCUGAGGGCGCCGCCUGCUGCACGGGACGCGUCACUGCAGAUCAACACGAGCAGCGUCAUCGCCGGAGCCUCGAGCUCACGGAAGCACGUACACACACUCCUCACACACUCGUACCGGUGUGUACACACACUCCUCACACACUCGUACGGGCGUGUACGGCGAGGGACGGACUCACGCGUGACGCCGCCGACGUUCGUACCGAAGAUAACAAACACUGAGCGAGGAGUCGCCAGGACGCCGCGACGUUACAUUUAUUUUCUUAUAGUCGUUUACAUGCUGAUAAAUACGUGAGCUCGGAUAUGGAGGGGAUGUAAAUACCAGGUCUGAUUCUUUGUAUAGGUUCAGAUACCCAGACGGCAGUCGGCAGGUGGAUUUGCACGUCAGAAGCUCGUUUAGGUGCAUCGUAUUACAUUUAUAUUUAAAGCAUUUAGCGGACGCUUUUAUUCAAAGCGACUUACAGUACUGUGACAGUAUAUAGUCUGAGCAAUUGAGGGUUAAGGGCCCUAUUUAAGGGUCCAACAGUGGCAACCUGGCAGUGGUGGGGCUUGAACCAGCAACCUUCUGAUUACUAAUCCAGUAACUUAACCACUAGGCUACACCUGCCAUGUAUUAGAUCCGUAACCACGCUGUCGGAGGAGUUUUUGGAGCUUUUAUCUCGACCCUGAACACCAUGGGGAUAAACUGGAACGUCAACUGCAAGCCAGGGCACAAAUGCCCACAGACGCACUUCAAACUCCGUAUUAACGCCCAGGGUUUUGAAAUUAGAUCUGAAACGAGCUUAUGGUCGGGCGUUCACAUACUUCUGAGCACGUAAUGUAUAUAGAUUUGACGUGUUUGUCUGUGAUUUUAUCAAUUUAUGCAAAUAUAAAUAUAAAUAUAUAAUAUAUUAUUUUUUCUGUUGAGUUUUCUGAAAAAUAAACUAGACAGACGGCAGCAUGUAGUUGUGCAUGCAGCGGAUCGGAGAAUGAGAUAUGUUUAAACUAGAAGAAAAUCAAAAUAAAUCAAUAAAUAAAUCAUUACAUUAGCAUUGAGACUGUAUUUAUAUUAUUCUUCUUAUUUUAUGUGUCAGUAUUUUUAUAUUUAUUUAUUUUUCUUUAUUUCAGUGCUGAUCUGAUCAUCACACUCACACCGAGUUCAUGUUUAGUACGACGGAAAAAUAACGACCACACGUUUUGUUUUGCACAUUUUCAUAACCGCGCCCAGUGAUAAUACACCCAGCACUGACUGAAACACACACACACACACACAUGUAUAACAUGAAUACUGAGUGCAUGUGAAAUGCUUUACUGUUCUAAAUAAAAUAAAUAAUCCUAAA